CGGCGGACUGAUACCAAUUCCCAGCUACUCGGCGAGCAAACGCCGCGGUUCCUCUUUCGCUCCCGAUUCUGUAAGUCGAUACACCUGCUUUAGUUAAAACGGCCUGUCUCUCUCUCCCCAACUGCCAAUCCGUGUAGAGUUUUCUGUUGUUUUCGGUUGCGGGAUGUAUGUGAGCGAUUUCUCUAUGUGUUCCGGAUGGUGAUUUGUAAUUGAAUUCAUUCAGGCUGAAUUUGAUUUGUCCGGAGGGCUUGAAUUCCAACCAUUAUGCUCGUGCCUGUCUUUCGUUGGUUGGUUCGUCUCCUUUGAUUAGGGUUUUACUGAAUUGCUUCGCGAAUGUGGUUUUCCUCCCCUUCACUGGCUUCUGGUCUGGGCGAAUCCUGUGCUGGAAAUGAGUGGUUUACUGGCUGAGUAUCGUUAGGUCACCGUGUGAGUCCUGUCUGGGCGAAAUCAGUUUGUGCAGAGUGAAAUUCAGUUUGCGUUUGUUGCAGAACUAGGUUAGUACAUUUGGUUUCGGUUGAAGUUAGGGGAGUUGGUGGUGUAGUCUUAUUGAUGUGUGCUGGGCUGUAGAAUCUCAGAUUACCAUUUUAGAGUGCAUUGCAAAUGUGGAGUCUAGUUGGCCUAAGAACUAUCCGUUCCAAAUCAAGAGUACUUUGUUUCUGUGUUUAUUGAAGUGGUGACGUUCGUUAUCCUUUUAAUGCACUUUGCUCACCUAGUAUCUGCCCGGGCGUGAUAGGUAUGUGUGUUUGAGAUCAAGCAUCCGCAACGUCUUGUUACAACACGUGGCUUUAAGUGACUGGAAGUUGCCAUGUGUGUUUAGCUUUUUAUUUUAUUUUAUUGUGACGAUAUGUUCAAUUUUGUUUGGUUGCAAUCAUGGACGAUCGAGUUGAUGCUUUUUAUUAAUGUGAAUAGAAAUCGUCAGCUUGAAACCAGUUAUGUCGAAAUGCUGUCGUCAUUUUUUUUGGUUGUGUUGUUGUUUACCUGAAAUUGAAAUCCUUUAUGUCUGACAAGAUGCUAACAUGUAGUAGAACAUAUUUUGGCCUUCUUAUUUUUGCUUUGUAUCCAUUUCAGAAACAUAUGCAUGUCCGAUGUAUAUGGAAUUUGUUCACAAACUGAGAUAUAUGAGGAUGCAACGGUGUUUGCAUUCCGAUUUCUGGUACUUUGCUGUGUUUUUUUAAAGUUAUGACGUUGAAUAUGAGCACUAGCUGUUAUGUAUGGCCAUUCCCCCACCCCCACAAGCAGAACUAGUAUUUCAUGCUUUUUGUACAUAUUUCUUCAUGCAAUUAGUAUAUCAUGUCAUUAUUAGUUUUUUCAACCCACUCUUUUGAAAUGGAGUUCAAAUUUAUUUGUUGGUAUCCUGUUUAUUUCGCUGCAUUCGAAGAGGAAUUUAAACUUGUUAUCUGCCUAACUUACCUGCAUAAGCAUCCACAUACUUUUUGAUACAAAAUGUCUGUAAUUCAAUGAUUACUGUUGUUUGUAUCCUCCCUAUUGGGGACCUGUUUAGUGCCUUACCCAACAAGUGUAUUCCAUGACAAUCUUUUCUUGAUUCCCCUUCCUCUUCGGCAUCGUGAUUAUCUCAGAUGAAUACGUCGCAGUGUAUGGACAAGCAGAUUAUGGAUUUGACCUCAUCCCCCCAAUCCCAAGGCUUAUCAUCAUCCCCCACCCACCACUCCACCGACGGCGGUAAGGACUUCAUCGAUCUGAUGAAUCAUAAUCCGCGGGACGACGAACACGAUCAACACGCCAAUUACGCUGGGAACGGUACCAGGAAGGAGGACGUCAUGGUUCCUAGCUACGAUUUCCACCCGAUUCGCCCCGUUGCUGGAGGAUUGGGAGGAGGAGGAGGAGGAGAUUCCACUGCUGGUGCUAGGGCUUGGAAUUCAGUCGACGGCAAGUCCAGUUCCGUCAAUUUUGCCGUGGCCGAUUCUCCUGUCCGGCACUAUGGCUCGCUUGACUCGAUGGAACCAUCCAAAGACGUAUUGGACAAGGAACGAACCGUUUCUGAUUCAGCGAUACUAUAUGAGAUCGACAGAACUAUGAAGAGACACACAGAUAACAUGCUGAUCAUUUUAGAAGGUGUAAGUUCCAGACUGAUCCAGUUGGAGAGCAGAACUCGUAACCUCGAGAGUUCUGUGGAUGAUUUGAAGGUUUCUGUUGGGAACAAUCAUGGAAGCACUGAUGGGAAGAUGAGACAGCUGGAGAAUAUCCUCCGAGAGGUACAAACUGGGGUGCAGGCUGUUAAGGAUAAGCAAGAACUACUUGAGUCACAGCUUCACCUUCAAAACCUUCACGUCUCUAAUGUCAACCAGCAUCAACAAGAGCCACAAAACACCGGCCAGGCUGCGAAUGCUGUGCAGCAACAAGCACCAUCUGCCUCUGCUCCACCGCAAUCCCAUCAUCAACAUGCGUCUUCUCAAUUAACAAGCUUCCCACAAUCACUCCCUUCUGUGCCCGGUCCACCUCCUCCAACCGUCCCUCUCCCUCAGCCGCAAAGUCUGCCCCCUGUCACUCCACUUCCAAACCAAUUCACACCCCCUCCUUCAGUCCCUCAACGAGAUCCAUAUUAUGUGCCUGCUAGCCACACUCACGAACCACCUCCAAACCCACAGUACCAGGGGGCCCCACCACAGCAAGCAUCUCCUGUUGCCGCUCCCCCCCCUCAUCAACUGUAUCAGUCUGCUCCACCACAAUACCCGCAGCAACAACCCCAGAUACCACAGCAACCACAACAGCCAGCUGGCCACCACUCAGACCAGGCCUCUUAUCUCGCCUCUCAAAGCUAUCCACCACGACAACCGCCAUCUCAGCUACCUGGUGGUGGUCGCUUCCCGCCCCAGCAGUACUACGGCACUCCUCCUCCCUCUACUGGGUACAAUCCUCCUCAAUCCGGAUCCAUGGAAAUGUACCCUUACAGUGGAGGCGGCAGCACGAUGGUGAAACCGCUGCAACUCCAACCUGUCUCUAUGGCUCCACAUGGUGGUGGUGGGACUGGGUACCCUCAACUUCCGACUGCUCGUGUGCUGCCACAGGGGUCGCCCUCCAGGUCAGCGGCUGGUGGGGCUGGAUCAGGUUCAGGCUCCGGAAACAGGGUUCCAAUUGAUGACGUGAUUGACAAGGUGGCGACCAUGGGGUUUUCGAGGGAUCAUGUUCGUGAAGCGGUUCGAAAACUCACAGAGAAUGGGCAGUCGGUCGACUUGAACAUCGUCCUGGAUAAGCUGAUGAAUGACUCGGAUUUCCAGCCGCCUAGUGGGUGGUUCGGCCGGUAGCUUUGCCUAAUUGCCUCUUUGAUUUGCAUGUAUAGAACUAUCGUCUGUUUCCUGCCAGAAAAGUGCAACAGCGAUUUGGUUUGUCUUCCAGUUUCGCCCUCCUCAUAGACGAUCUUAAUCCUUUGUUUGAGAGUGUUCUCAUCCAUGUUUGUCUUGUCUAUAACUUCGAGCAGCUGCUGUUUCAUUUGUCCAUAAAAUUCAUCACAUACUUUUUUCUCCAUUCGUGACUGUGUCGGUUUCUAUGAGAUUCUUUUCUUGUAGACUGCAACCUUCAUCACUUGAGUUGUGCGUCAAUCUAAGAUGUUAAGUGAUGCUUAAAGAAUGUUUUUUGCUUCCAUAGUAUUUGAUGGUAGCAAAGCAAAAAAACAGAUGAGCUAUUUUAAUGUAUUCUGAGUUGAUGUUCUAAUGCUUUUGCCGACUGAUAUAUGGGUCAAUGAUGACUGAUUUUCUGUAGAGAUUGUAUUUGCUUCGUAGUAUUGAUGGUUCUGCUUGUGUUAUUGUUUCCUGAUUGUAGAUUUACUGAAUUGGUGAAGAUUCCCUGGCAGUCAAAAUUCUUCUUUUGCCAAAUCCUGUGAAGUUAAAAAUUCUAUCUGCCAAGCUACACUCAGCACGUCUUGGGAUUCUAAAUGGAACUCCGAGUUUCAUCACUAAAGCGACUUGGACUUUCGACUUCUGAUUGUGCUAGUGACCCAGAGGAAAAGGAAGUAAGUGAUGAAGACGAUGAUGACCGCAACCAUAAGCAUCGUAGGAAGGAGUCACAAUCUCAGUCUAUGCAGAGAGAUUUGUUAGAACCGGUUUCCAAUAGGCCAUUCAGGAAGAGAAACAGACUAUUUGACAACGGCCAUCCUUUCAGGGAAAAUGAAUCUCAAGACUACACCACAAAGUUCGAAAAAAGACGCCCUGGGCCAGGCUCUUUUCCCCAAAGGGUCAGGCCAAAUCAAUUAUUUUCUGGGUAUCCUGGUUCCAUUCGGGGAAGAGGAAGGGACCCUCUUCCUUGGGGUCAGCAUGAUCCUAGAUUCAAUCAAGCCGAUCUUGCCUCUGGUCUCUUUGCAGGGAGGGGUUUGCCUAAUAUAUCAAAUCCACAAAGUGGAUCUUGGAACGGGUUUGGAUUGAUUCCAGGAAUUCCUAAUGGUGGCUUGGACACACUUCAUACCAUAGGAUUGCAAGGAACAUUGGCACCAGCAGUAAACUCUUCAUUGAAUAUGCGCAUUACGAGACAGCGUUGUAGAGAUUUUGAGGAGCGUGGCUUUUGUCUCAGAGGGGACAUGUGUCCUAUGGAGCAUGGUGUUAACCGUAUUGUUGUUGAAGAUGUCCAGGUAUGUCAGGGGGAUAUUUAUUCUUUUUGCUUCAUUUGUGAUUUUUUUUUAUUGGAUUCCUGUCAAUUGCUGUGCUCAAACACUGCUUGCUAGAUAUUGUGCUAUUGAAAUUUGUUACGUUGAUUGGUUCCUUUUGCUCUUAAAUGUUGGCAUAUUGGAAAUGUUGUUUGUGGAUUGGUUGCUAGAUGAUGAUCUUGGUCAUAUUUGGCUGCUUCUCCACAAUUAGAAGUGAGUCAUUUUGUUGCACUGCUAGUUAAUGAUUUUAACAGAGAAAGUUUGUGGUGCUUUCUGCUUCUCAAUUCUCUUAGCUAGGUGCAACCAUUUGAAUGAUGAAGCUUUACUUUGUGUUCAUUAAUGUCAUUGUGCAAGUAAGUGAUUGUCUGAGUGUUGGAUUUGGACGGUUGAAUUUAAGUCCCAACCCAUCGCUUUCAUCACUCAUUUGGCUAGGCUAAGAAUGGGGAAAAAGGGUUAGAGUUCGGGAUGUCUCUUGGGACAAUUGACUAGGUUAGAGGGAUUCUAAAUCCACCACUAACCAUAGCAACAUUUUCAUUUUCAUUAACUGCUCAUCUUUUCCCAGAUCCAGUUAGGCACCCUAUAAGCAUUAAUGUUACUUACAUAAAUCAAUGGUUUUAAAUAAU